AAUAAUUUUUUAGAAGGGUAAUAUUUAAUUAUUAGCAAACACUUUAUUUUAAUAUAAAAAAAGAGUUUAUAUAUAAUACAUAAUUCCUACAUAAUAUAAUAGUACUAUUACAUAAAUAUAACACAUAAACUAUAUAUUAAUACAAUAAAAAUAAUAAUAAUAAAAAAUAAAAAAAAUUAAAUAAAAAAAAUAAUUAAAUAAUAUUCACACAAUAAAAAAUGUCAAAUAAUAAUAAUAAUAACGAAACCGCCAUUCCAAUUGAAGAAAUGGAGGGUAUUACACCAGAAUAUCAAAGAUUAAUGGAAAAGUCAAAUUCUGUUGAUUUUAGUUGGAUUGUUGAAAAUAAUUGUUUUGUUCAAGUUGGUACAGAUCAAGAAGGAGUACCUGUAUUUUUAGCAAAUGCUUCAAAAUUUCCAAAUAUUGAUCAAUUAGAAACUUUAAUAAUUUAUAUAAUCAAAACAUUAGAACCUAUUGUCACAGGUAAUAGAUACUCAAUAGUCUAUUCACAUGCAUUAUUAAAACAAGAGAGUACUCCAGAAAAAUCAUGGUUAAAUCAAAUAUAUCAAAUGUUACCAAGAAACUAUAAAAAGAAUUUAAAAAAUUUAUAUAUUUUACAUCCUUCAGGAUGGUUAAAGUUUUUAUUAUUAGCAAUGUCACCAUUUUUGAGUGAAAAGUUUUGGAACAAAGUCGAAUAUUUAGAUUACAUUCAAGAAAUACCAGGCAUUUUAGAAAGAAAUUUAAUAAAGUCAAAAUUACCAGAAGAAGUUAAAGAAUAUGAUGAAAAUUUAUUAGAAACACCAGAGGUUACUGAAAGAGUUGUCACAUCUAUGGAUACUUUAGGUAAAGAAUUUUUAUCAACAUUUUCAAGUAGCUUUGGGUUCUUCUCAUCUGUUGAUCCAAGCAAAUGGACUUCAAAUCCAAAUAGCUAUCAAUAAAAAUAUAAAAAAUGUUAUAUAAUUAC